CCACACGCAGCCAUGUCGCGCACUCAUCUCCAUGAAGAACUCGCCGAAUCGAAGGCUAUCGUCACCGCAGACACACAAUAUGGCACCAUCCAAGGCCGUCGUGCCGCGAACGGAGCCGCCGUCUUCCUAGAGGUGCCAUACGCGCUCCCUCCAGAGAGGUUCGCCGAUCCUGUGCCGCUGCCUGCGAAUUACAGAUACGAGGCGAAGGAAUACAUCUUCGAGAGCAAAUAUGCUGCGCAGCCCAAGAACGACGGGCAGGCAGGAGGAACGCCGUUCGAGGACAAGGUCGGGCUCGGGGAGCCCAGCGAAGACCCACUGUUCGUGAACAUCAUCUGCCCACCCUCCUACCCCGCGCAGACGGGCUUCCCCGUGAAGGUCUAUAUCCAUGGCGGGUUCCUGCAGUUCGGCUCGCCGCAUGGGCUCGGAUCGCAAGCGCAGUACGUUGCGGCCGAGCGUGCGGAAGUGUGGGUUAAUGUCGGGUACCGCCUCUCUGCGUUUGGCUUCCUUGCGUCCGACGUGCCACGGAUCGACGGGAACUUUGGGUUCAAGGACCAGUGGCUGGCGCUGCUCUGGGUGAGGGAGAAUAUCAAGGCGUUUGGGGGAAACCCGGACGACAUACAGCUGUCGGGGUUGUCCGCCGGCGCGCACUCUGUCCACCAGAUCCUCCAUCAUGCGUCGCGUCUCCCCGAAGGCGUCAAGGCGCCCUUCGACUCGGCCAUCAUGCAAUCCAACGGCAUAGUAACGGCCCCAAAGACCCCCGCAGAGCUGCGCCCGCAAUUCACAGCCCUCUGCCGCGCCCUCGCGCUCGACCCCUCCUCCCCCACCGUGCUCGACACCCUCCGCGACCCCGCCAAGGUCCCCUUCUCCGCGAUCACGCACGCCAUCGAGACAGACGCUCUCGGGAUCGAGAACGGCACCUUCCGCGGGGCCUGGGAGGCGUCCUGGCUCGGGGAGUCGCCCGACCCGAUGGAGUGGCAGCGCACGGGCGGGCUCGCGCGCGGGCUGCGUGCGCAUGGCGUGCGGAGCGUCGUCAUCGGGGACCUCACUGAAGAGUGGUAUCUGUACUCGAUCGCGCACCCGAUCUCGAGCGUGAAUGAGCUUUACAGGAAUCUGGAGAGGUACUACACAAAGGACGUGGUGAAGAAGAUGCUGGACGUCUAUCUGGAGGAAGAGGAGGGCGAGGGGGCGGGUAAGGCGUUGGGGGAGAAGACGCCCGAGGAGCUCGAGAGGCUGUUCGGGAAGGUGUUGAGCGAGGGGCAGGUGCACCUCCCGGUGAGGCUGUUCGCGAGGGACAUGCUCGCUGCUGGCUUUCCGGUAGUGAGAUAUGAGAUCAGAUGGACGCCAGAGCAAUUGCGACCGUUUGGUUACGUGACGCACGGAACGGAUCGGGCCCUGUGGGCGCUGCGACUACCUGUUCUUGAAGGCGAUCAAGGGACCGUCGCGCGGAACUGGAUUUCUGCCAUUACGCAAUACGUCAAACGAGCCGAGGCGGGAGACACUCUGCCACUGAAAACUGUAGUCACUUUGUCGGAGGACAGAGCAAUCCGCGAGGUGGAAGAUUCCAAGUGGGACGAGUAUAUGCGGCUGCGGAAGACACUUCCUGGCGAGACAUAGUGCCCCCAUUUCUCGCAGAAGAGAUAUCACAACGUAGUGUCAUAUUCACAUACAUCCGUACAGGGUUAUCUCCUGGUGGGCUCUUGGUUGCUUUGAUCUGGCCAGCAUGCACAGCGCUGAUUGCUUGAUCGAGAUACUGAACUUGCAUGUUAGGCGUUCAUGUCAUCAGGAGCGUCGUAGUUAGGCUACUCGGAAUUCAUAGUAUGGGUUUAUGUAUCCUCACGGAUAACACAGUUUAUGCAGACAACC